UGGAUUGAAUCCUUUCAUAUUUACCACUCUUUGUUUUUUUCCCCCUUCCUCCCACCUGUUGUUAUUAUUAUUGAGGUGGGGGAGGAGAUGCGCCAUUCGGACGGAUGCUGCAGCAGCGCGUAAAAAGCUGCGGACGCUCCCCCUGCGCGCGUCCGAGGGGCAAUCGCAAAAGUUUCCAAAGCACGCCUCGCCCGUGCUUCUUCUCCCCCCGGCUCAGACACCGCUCGCCAGCAGGCUGGACGACCACCAGGCUCGCAGGACUCAGCCGCUCCGCAGGGCGCACAUGAUCGCCACCGGUGUGUGCGGCGUGGCGCUGGUCCUGGUUCUGGUGGUGCUCAUUCCGGCCGUGGUCAACUCCGCCGGAACCCCCGCCCGCUACGAGAUGCUCGGCGCCUGCCAGAUGGUGUGCGACCCCCACGGGACAACGGCCGCCGCCACGGCGCCGGCAAAAGCGGCGGCAGGCGAGCCGGUGAAAGACAACCGCCUAGUGCAGUCGCUGCCCACCUUCAUCCAGGGUCCUCAAGGGGAGCCGGGACGCGCGGGGAGGACGGGUCCGAGGGGUCCCGUCGGCGAGCCCGGCCCGCCCGGACCCGCCGGCCCUCCCGGGGAGCGAGGGGCUCCCGGUUCUCCGGGUCCGCCGGGUGCGAGCGGACCCACGGGGGUCAUCAGCGCCGCCACCUACAACACGGUGCCAAAGAUAGCCUUUUACGCGGGACUCAAGAAGCAACACGAGGGCUAUGAAGUGCUCAAAUUCGACGACGUGGUCACCAAUCUCGGCAACCACUACGACCCAGCCACCGGCAAGUUCACCUGCUCCAUACCGGGGAUUUACUACUUCACCUACCACGUGCUGAUGCGAGGUGGCGACGGAACCAGCAUGUGGGCCGACCUCUGCAAGAAUAACCAGGUUCGAGCCAGCGCCAUCGCACAGGAUGCAGAUCAGAACUACGACUACGCAAGCAACAGUGUGGUCUUGCACCUGGAGCCCGGCGACGAAAUCUACAUCAAGUUGGAUGGCGGCAAAGCACACGGCGGCAACAAUAACAAGUACAGCACCUUCUCGGGCUUCAUGCUGUACGCCGACUGAAAAAGGAAGGAGAAAAGAAAAAAAAAUCAACCUCAGCUCGCCCUCGCUCGCUUUAUCCCUUGCACGCUCCAUCACUUGUUGGAUUAGUAGAGACAGAGCUUCCUGUCGUCGUUGUUGGCCUGCUGACAUUGUUGCACACCAUCUUCACCCACACCCAAGGGGAGACUGUAAUGUAAUUGUUGACAUGUAGUCUGAUUGGUGUCAAGCUGGAUGAACUGUGAAGCUCUCCCACGUUGUAAUGUAGCUGCUGUCGUAUAAUAUAACACGCUGUACAUGUCUUGAACCUCAUUAAUCACGCACUUGACAUUGCAUUCGCACUCAUUCCUUAAGAUCUAUUUUAAUUUCACUCUACUUUAAUUGGUCUAAUGAAAACAAGGGUAUCCAACUAAAUCUAUGGUAACACUUUACAAUAAGGGUCCCUGGAAAAGCGCUAUAUAAGUAUAACACCAUUUAAUUAACAUUAGUUAAUGCAUUUUAAGACAAUAACUCAUGUUUAAGUAACAUGACAAUAAUUCAUUUAAUCACUUAUCUAACAUUUAUUAAUACCUUAAUUUUCGGAAUAUAAGUCGCAGUUUUUAUUAUAGUUUGGCUGGGGGUGCGACUUAUACUCUGGAGAGACUUAUGUGUGAAAUUAUUAACAUAUUAUUAUAUCAUUUCACAUGUUAUUUUGGUGUUUUGGAGUGACACUGAUGGUUUGGUAAACUUGUUAACAUGUUCUUUAUGUCAUUGUUAUCUGAAUAACUCUUAAGAGUUAUGUUACCGGCCACGUUCACAUUUCGUUGUUCAUGCAUCAUGUAACAUUAUCAUACUGUACACUUAUUCAGCAUGUUGUUCUCUAUUGUAUUUUUAUUUUAAGUUGCCUGUCAAGUAAAUUUCCCCCCAAAUGCGA